AAACCGAAAACAUUAGCUUAGCUCGUGUUAGCUUAGCGGACCAGUCAUUAACCUGCUGUGUUUGUCAAACCGACCAGUUUAACACAAAACGCCACAAAAACAUGGGAAAGUUAGUUGCUUUUAUACCCGUUUUAACGCUUCUGUGGGCAUUCUGGCAAAGUGCAGAAGGAAACAAAGGCUAUUCAUACGCAGAUUGCACCUAUGUGAAAGGAGACAGUGCCCACGAGUAUUCUGGGAGUCGGUGUUUCUGUUACAGACCUGGUACAGUAAUCAAAUGGAAGGACAUCUGGUCCACCUUCAAGGUAAAUGUUACGAGUGAUAAGGAUGUCUUCGUCGUGUUCCCAAUGGAGACGGGAAAUUGCCACCAUCCUGAUGGUCUUUUGACUGUUAUUAACUGCUUUAUUGAAAACUACUGGCCUUCCGCUAUCCAAAGGGAGAAGUCUUUGGACAUUCCUCUGGUUGAUGAAGAUGUCUGCUUCAUGACCAAGUCACCUAGAAGCAAUACUGAGUAUACACUACACGUCUCCAACAAAAGGUUAAACAGAAUGUGCUUCCUGCUUUUUGUGUGUGGGCUGGUGCUGUUCUUCGGAGCGGGAAACAUAUGCAGGAGCUCACUGUUCUUCUACACCACUGGAGUUACACUAGGAGUCAUCUCCACGUUUGUUUUCCUGGCGCUCGUGAUCCGGAACUUCGUACCAACGCGAGGGCUGUUUCUGGUGUUGUUGGGCGCUGGCUCUGGUCUGUCCUACAUGGGGAUCCAGAGGGUGUUAAACGAAUGGGAUGACAUCGUGACUGAGCACUGGAUGGAAUUACUGGUUUAUGUGCUCAUAUCCGGCUUAUUUAGCUUUGCUGUAUGCUAUAAACAUGGCCCCAUCACCAACAAACGCACGCUCAACUUUAUGACCUGGUGUAUGCAAGUAGUAGGCGUGGUUUUGGUGUACUAUGGGAUCACAUUCCCCCCCGCCUGCUACAUAUUGAUCAUGUUCCUGUUGUUCUGGAAGAUUCUGCCCUUGGCCUGGAGCCUUCUGUACUUGGUCUUGAGCCUUCUGAUGUGGAUUUGCAGUCUCUUUUACUCAUUCCCGGGCUUGUUCUGGAGGAAGAAACGGACCAAGGUCAAGCUACUGACUGAGGAGGAGUACAGAGAGCAGGGAGAGAAGCACACCAGAGCCUCUUUGGAUGAAUUACGGGAACACUGUAACAGGCCUGGCUUUCCCGCAUGGGAAACUGUGUUGAGGCUCAGAUCGCCGCAUAGGUAUGCAGAGUUUCUGCGCGGUGGCAGCCACAUCACUCAAGAGGAGCUUCAGAAUCACGAGAAUCAGUAUGGGUUUGGCGGGGCGUACUUUGAAAACAUGCUCUUUAACAGCAGCUCCAGCGAAAAUCAGUCGCACAAAGGAGAAGCAGAGGACGAUAGCGAAGACGAGCUGGAGAGAAACAGUCCUCCCACCCAAAAUAACAUCCCCAGUCCUGAUGUAUAUACUCCACCUGUCUGCCCGUAUCCCCUCGUCACCUACAACCCUCAGCCAGAACCCAUGGAUCCAGAAGAACAGGAUUUCUUUUAAAACGAUCGGAUGAGUGAUUUUAUGUUCAGUUUAUGUUCAGAGACUUUUUGAAUUGUAAAAUAUUUUUAGGAAGGAAUGACUCUAAGGAACUAUACUAGGUCCGUAAGGAUUUUAAAACUACUCUUUAGCUCUCAUUUGUGUUUAAAUUAUCUCUUUCAGACAGCGUGGGCUGUUAUUUUUUUUUUAGCAGGAGUUUGUAUUCUCAUACUCAAGAGAUGCGGAGCUGGGAAUAAGACUUUAUUGCACCUACCGUAUGUUAAUAGAUAGUGACUGUGCUGCUCUCAGGUAUAUCAGAUCAUCAGGACAUCAUUGCUAAUACAUUUCCCUCAUGCUCAAGACAAUGACUCGACAUAUACAGUACCACAGCGUUUAUGUAAUUUAAGGAGACGGUGUCCUCUAGUGUUUGUUAAAGGAACUUCACGUAUAAAUUGUUUCUGUUUAUUCGUCCUCAUUUUAAGACCGUAUAAAAACAGAUUUUAAUCCAGAACUACUUGGAACAAGUAGAGGACGUUUAGCAGAAUCUGUAAAAGUAAAAAGUAUCAUAUAGUGAUUCUAUACAUCACAUUCUAUAUAUCAUAUACUGUUUCUAAAAGCUCCAAAACUGACAUCAAAGCAUCUUUAUGGAUCGCUCGUUGUUUUAAUUUUUCUGACGUCAUGCGAUCGAAUGCUGUGUUCAUAGUACAGCAGGACGUAUCAUUAUUAAAUGGCAACUUGCUUUUAGGUCUCUUUAUCACACAAAGCAUUCCGUGGUGUUAGUUUUUCGUUGUUUUUUUAAUGGAAGUAUGAGCUAGAUAAUGAGUUAACUUUUCUGCUUUUUUUUUUUUUUUUUUUUUUUUUUUUUUAUCACCUAUUGGAUAACCGAUAUCUAAAAUGAGGCAUUCAACAUGACUAGGUUUAUUAUCUUUUUUGCCAUUUUUGGAGCUGACGAAUUAUGGUUAUAGGAAACCUCAAGGGACAUUGCGAUUUAAAAAGCUUGUUUUUUUUGGGAGAAUGCAAAGGCAAAAUUUUGAUGAACGAAUGAAAAGUUUCUUUUGGGAGCACAAAAUAUCACUGAAAUAUCUGAGAAAUUUUCAAAACAGUUCUUUGCUUUUUAUUGAACUUUUAUCCGAAGGAUCUGUUUUUAAACACAUUUCAAGUUUUUACAGCCUUUUAUACUGCCAUCUAAUUAAAUUAAAAAAUUAAAUAUUCUCAACCAGAA